CGGUGAGCCCCACGGAGGAACGGGCUACCCAAACUCGCCGGAUUCCUACCUGUCCCGGCCAACCCACCUCGCCGAACCACUCCACCAACCACGAACCUGAAACCCUAGCCACGCCCAUGAGCGACGACGCGACCGCCGCCGCGCCCUCUUCGCCGUCGACCUCCCCUUCCCCAUCCUCUGCUUCCUCAUCAGGCGCCUCCCCGUCGCCUUCCUCCCCGCGCACCAAGCGCCGCCGCACCGACCGGUACGCUCUCGGUUUCGAGUUCGCCCCGCGACUCGCGCCCUACGAACUCCCUGAGGAACCGCUCCCCGACAAGCACAAGCGCUCCUGGCCCAACUGGACGGAGCGCUCCACCUUGGCUCUCCUCGACGCCUGGGGCGACAGCUUCGUCCGCGCGGGGCGCAGCAUCAUCCGCGCCGACGAGUGGCUCGAGGUCGCCCGCCUCGUGUGCGCCGCCGUGGGCCGUCCCGCGGGGUAUUUCUCUGAUGCGCAGUGCCGCAACCGAGUGGACACGCUUAGGAAGAAGUUUAAGAAGGAGAGGGAGAGAGCGCGCCGUGCCGCGCGCCGCUCCGGUCCCUCCCCUUCCAAAUGGGUUUAUUACGACAAGAUGGUGGCAAUUCUGUGCCCGACCCCGCCUCCGCUGCCGACCCUGCCUCCGCCUGCCCGUCCCCCUCCGCUGCCUCUCCAGUUGCUGCCUCUGGUCGCAAAGCGCCGCCGCGACAGGCAGCCAGCGCGGCGCUUUCAGUGGGGGAUGAAAGCUCCUGAGCGUCUUCUUGGUGGUGCCGGAGACGUCGUAGGUCCCAGGGUUUCAGGGUCAGGUGCGAAGUUGGGUGAACUUGGACCGCAGAAAAAUAGUGCUGUUCAAGGGAAGCGGAAUGGUUUCAUGGCCCUCACAGAGUCAAUUCAGAAGUUUGAGGAGGCUUUUGCGAGGAUGGAGAGUAGCAAGAGGCAGCACAUGGUGAAGGUGGAGCAAAUGAGGAGGGAUUUGCAAAGGGACCUAGAUGCAAAGUGGAGGGAGAUAUUGGAGAAGGCGCAAGCGGAGAUUGGUCGCCUUAGUAAUGAGGAUGGGGAUGAACAUGAUGUGGACGAAGAUGGGGAUGUUGGCGAUGGUAAGAGAUUGGAGGGUGGUGAUGAGCAAAACAAUGGUGCUAUGGAUGCUUCUCCUUAGCAUAUAGCCUAGAUGCUUACAAAAUGAGGAACAAAAUUGGGGUUAUCAUGUCGAUAGAUGAAUCCACAUGAUAGACAUGUGGUUAUGAUUAACUCCGUAGCUGCUGAUAUUAGUAUUAUUGUAUAAUUCUCAUAUGUGUUUCUUUUUUUUUACUCCGCAAUGCUAAGCAAAAGAUUACUGCUAUUUUGGUUACUGUACAUAGCUAUUUGCUUACCGACGUGUGUUUUCAAGAUAAUAAUAUCAUUUGGUCGCUCUU